CUUCAGUCGACAUUCUCUGCACGCCAUAUUGGAAUGCUCUGGAUUCAACAAUUCGCUGAAAAUCAGCUCACGUAGAGGGUUCUUGGUUUAUUUAUUCUUCCCGGGAUUUUUAAACUUAUACUCAGCUUCUCGUAAAUUCAUGCGAGUCUUGUAACUAUUGAGGACGCCUGUCUAGCCUUAGACGAGAGAGUGCUUGCGAGCUUUGUAACGGUAAAGUUGGAUGGAUCCUCGGGUGGCUUGGAUUCAGCCCGAGCAGAAAGGACCUGCCAACGCUUUAUGGAUGCGCGUAUGGGAAACCUCGCAAAGGCGAAACCACUGUCACUCGCUGCGGGUGAGUACACCUGCAUUGGCGGCCAGUUUUAUGAAGCAGUUUUCGCUGGUUCCCAACAACACAGCUGGAAAGCCUUUUAACAGCUACUCCAAUCAGUCUUAUAAUGAUAGUGGUGCCAUGAAGUCUCCAAACGCAUGUUCUGAUCCUGCGCCUCCGUAUGUCACCCCUAUCGGAGUCAACGGUUGUGAUUCUUCAUCACAUUUAUCUUCAGGAGAUUCCGAGAGUGACAGUCUGACAUCAGAUUCCUCAUCCGCCACUGGUGACAGUGUUAGCGCAAAUCCAGCCAAACUUCACUUUAACUUUACUGAACAUAUGCACAAUGUCAGUAACAGUUUACAACAACAUUAUCAGCAGCUGCAGACACAAAUAAUGAUGGAUAACCAACUUAAACAUCCAGUAAGAAAGCGAAGUGACAAUAAAGCGAGCACAUAUGGAAUGAACUACUUUUUGCACCACUCUAAUGGCAGUCAUUUAUGUGGGACCCCUUGGGCAACUAGAAGAUACAGUCCAGGUGUCAACGGCCUCCAUGAGGAGAUAGUGGAUUUUUAUCAUUUCAUGUCACCACGCCCAGAAGAGGAAGACAUGAGGAGAGAUGUUAUCAGUCGUAUUGAGGCUGUAAUCAAAGAUCUGUGGCCUAUGGCAAAGGUUGAAAUAUUUGGCAGCUUCAGUACAGGACUUUAUCUUCCUACCAGUGAUAUUGACCUGGUGGUGUAUGGAAAAUGGGAACAACCACCUCUGCAGCAACUAGACCAGGCACUCAGGCAGAAUGAAGUGGCUGAGCCGUUCUCCAUUAAACUACUUGACAAGGCUACGGUACCAAUAAUUAAACUGACUGACAGAGAGACAGAUGUGAGGGUAGACAUCAGUUUUAAUGUUGAAACUGGUGUCAAAGCAGCUCGGUUUAUUAAGGAUCAUCUUAAGAAAUAUUCCGUGUUGCCAUACUUGAUCUUUGUGCUGAAGCAGUUUCUGCUCCAGAGAGAUUUGAACGAGGUGUUUACGGGCGGUAUCAGUUCCUACAGCCUCAUUUUAAUGGUCAUCAGCUUCCUGCAGGUGAGGCAUCAAGAAAAGCUCCAUCCCAGAAUAGACUGCAGAGCUUCAAAUAUUAAUUUGGGCAUCCUGCUUAUCGAAUUCUUUGAAUUGUAUGGGCGGCAUUUUAAUUAUCUGAAAACAGGCAUCCGUGUGAAAGAUGGAGGAGCUUAUCUUGCUAAAGAGGAGAUCAUGAAGGUCAUGGAGAAUAGAUAUAGACCCUCAAUGCUCUGUAUUGAGGACCCAAACUUGCCAGGAAAUGAUGUUGGCCGGAGCUCUUACGGUGCCAUGCAGGUGAAGGAGGUAUUUAACUAUGCAUACCUCGUCUUGAGUCAUGCUGUAUCUCCACUAUCCCGCUCCUACCCCAACAGAAAUAUGGAAAGCACGUUGGGACGCAUCAUUAAAGUGACCCAGGAAGUGAUUGACUGCAGAGAGUGGAUCAUUCAGCAGUGGGGAAAGAGACACAAUGCCAGGAUGAUUGACAGUAAAAUCCAGAAUGCUGAAGGAGACCCAGAGGAGCAGACCUCAAGUGAGGACCAGCAGAGAGAUUGCUCAUCACCACACAGUGCAGGCUCACCUGUAUCUCUGUCCAGCCUUCAGCAGCACUCUUUGUCUUCCUCAUCUUCAUCUUCAUCUUCCUCUGUGUCUUCGCUGUCUGGGAGUGACAUAGAUUCAGACACACCAUGCAAAGCUUCAGUUUUUCACGAGUUCUUUCCAGUGUCCCGCAUGACUGAUAACAGUAAGAAACCACAGAGAAAAGUGAAUGCAUCUGGAACUUUCCUCCACUCCAGAAGUCAGUCACGUCCUUUACCCAGCAAACAGUGUAUGGAUGGUUUGACUCAUGUGAAUGGAUUAGUCCACGUGUCUCCUGUUUACUCCAGCUCAACACCCAGCCCCAUUCACUACACUAAUAAUGGCCAGAGAUUCAAGGGGCCUUCACAAACCAAUUGUUUAGAGCGUAACACUGUGCCUGUCCCCAGAGGACAUCAACCUCAGUAUGGCCGUAACAGCUUGCGGUGGUGGCGAAGGGACACUGCUCCCAUGAGUCUCAGCAGAUAGUGCCAACCAUUUCUCCUGCCCAAGACAAAGAAUGUGGGCGACAGUCCUUUGGUUCCAUAGAUCAAAGGUAACUCUUCUGCUCAAGAUGGACAAUGUCUGAAAUUGCACUUUGAUUUUUGUUUUGCUCAGUGCUUUAUCUGUGACUACACUUUGGAUGUGCCUGUUUUCAUUUGUGCCUUUUUAUUUAAAAAAAAAAAAAAUUUUUUACCACCCCUGUUUUAUGUUGUCUCUUUAAUUUUUGUUUGUCUGACAAUGUCUGAUAACUUUUGUUCACCAAUUCUUUAUUUACUAGUAUGUUUAGUUAGUUGUUCAUCUCUAAUUGUUUUCAGAAUAUUUUUGAUAACAGAAGUCUUGUCACAGCAUCGCUAGGCUGUGAUUGCGUUUGUACUGAAUCUUUAUGUAAAAUACCAUCUGUGCAAUAUGACUUAUUUUAGUUUUUUUUUUUUUUUUCUUAAAUUGAGAGUUGACAUUAUGCAAUACAAUAUGGAUUACUUUGUAUGUGCGUAGUAUUUUAUCAUGUUCAAAUCCAUAUCACAACCAGUUUUACUGUUGGGAUUGUGGUUUUUGUGCAUGUUAAUCUUGUGUGUACUACAUACUACUAACCAUCUACGGGUAGUUCAGACAAGCAUUUAAUUUUGUGCUGACAAAUGGGUUAGUGCUUAAUUGUUUGCUCUAUCAAAAUUAUUUCCCCUUUCUCAGAAGUGUAUUUUCCAUCCAUGUUACGUCUAUUUUAUUUAACAUUUUAAAAGUAUCCGGUGGAUGACUUUAAUAGGCACUGUUAACCAGUUAGUAUUAUUUGUUGUCUGUUUGCACAAGUGAUCUCCUGAUUAAGGAUAUACUAUUUUUACUAGUUGCAGGAAUGCUCUCCUUAAUCCCUUACAUAUUAUUUUGCUUUUGAUGCAUUUUCUCCACCCACCCUCAGAUGCAUGUAAUGGUCUAAAUGUUGUUGUCUUGGACUUCCUAUUUUGCCACCAUAUUGUGACCUUGCAUCUACCUUUUUAAAUUUAAUUUAAUAUACAUUUUUAUAGAGUUCACCAUGCUUGAACAAAAUAUUUUACACUACAUAUUUAUGUUCCAAAACACCAUUUGGCACUUCAUACCUUCUUGCACGAAAACCUGAUUGUAGUUUCUAGGGCCUCUCUGAUUCAUACAGACUCCAUUUUGACUAUUUUCAGUAUGAUGACACAGCCUGUUUUCAUCUGACUUUUAACUCUGCCAGAUGCGCAGGGAACGCUGCUGGUUUGAUCACCAGAGAGGUUUGUUUCAUGUGUCUUGAACGCGGAUGUUUUUUGCCAAUGCAGUGAUUUAGUUCCAGAAAUCAAUCACUGAGUGCUCCGCAAAUAGUCUUUUCACCUGCAUGUAGGUACCAUUUGAAUGUAAUGUAUGAUGUCUUAAGUUUAAGACUUUUCUGAUAUACAUUUUUAUGUUUUGUACUCAAAUUAUUUUUUAAAAUAAACAUCUUAAACUG